AUGACCAACGUAGCCCGCAGAGCCGUUCCGGCACACCUAGCAGAGCAUGAAGACGAUGACCAUGCUGGCCAGAGGGGCUACAUCAAAGGGACCGACUUCUCGCUGCCGUACUUCUCGCAGUGGUCACGCCUCCACGAGUCCGAAGCCAGCGACGGCCUGCUCCGCCAUGUCAGCUGCGGCUACCUCUCGACGCACGGCGUGCCGCCGACGCUACUGGCGCUCAAGCAACACGCCCAGUCACUGUGCGUGCUCAUCCAUGCGCUGAACCCGACCCUCAAAUCCGCCGAGAUCGCCGGCGGCAAUCCGGCCAAGGCAGGGUCCAAGAAAACGGGGUCAGCGGCGGAGGCAGCAGGGGCGGCCGAGGACUCGCUCGGGCUCAAGUACGAACUCAACGACGCCUUCGACUUUCUCACGGACCUGAGCGUGCCGUACACCAACGACGACCCCAACCACCACAAGCCCCUGACCGGGCUGGCCAACGAGGUCCGCGGCCGCCACGAGGCCCUCGGCACGAUCUACCACUGCCCCUUCGCCGAGCACAAGCCGCGCGGCCGGGGCGAGAAACAAAAGCCCUACGCCAACCACCACAACCUCAUCAUGCACGCCAACGCCUGCCUCGAGCGCCUCGACCACGAGUUCAGCAGCACCGGCGGCCUGAUGAGCCUGCUCCCCACCACCACCACCACCACACCAACCACCAACCCCAACCCCCACCACCCAGCAACGGACCUCACCAACGCCCGCAACAGCCUCCUCGGCCAAUGGCUGCACUUCACGCAGACGCUCGUCGCGCGCAUGCACGAGCUGGAACGGGCGUACGGCAACGCGCUGGACGCGCUGGCCGGCGAGGCCGCGAUCCCGCACCAGGCGCUCGCCGCGCAGGGGCCCGACGGCCGCGCCACGGGCCGUGUCGUCGCGUACCCCCAGGACCGGUGGGUGCUGGUGAAUGCCGGGGACGAGGUCUUUGAGGCGGUGCAUCGGUUGUUGGAUCGCGAGGAGGGGAAGGGUCGGGUGAGGGAGAGGGUUUGGAGGGGGAAUGGGGUCGUGGGGGAUGGGUUGUGGGUGGGGAAGGGUGGCGAAGGUGGUGGUGGUGGUGGUGGUGGUGGUGGUGUUAGUGCGGGGGUGCGGGACUACGCGAGGGGCAUCGUGCCGGUGGAUAUCAUGACGCGGUAUUAUCGGCUUGCUGGGUCUGGACGUAACACGCUGUUUGUGGUGCCGGCGUGGGAGCAGCACCCCGGGGUGGAAACCUCGCGCGAGACGGAGGCGGCUCCGACCGUGGUCGCCUGUCCGCAGCCUAAGUUCCCCCAGCGUGCCACCGAGUUGGAGAAGCGCUACACGGCGCGCAUCAACCACGCGCAGCGCAUCGAGCUGGAGGCGCUGCGGGUGCGGCGGAAGGCGGAGGAGCUGCGCGGGGAGGUUGGGGUGCUGCGCCGGCAGAACGAGACGUUGGCACGUUCGAGGGAUGCGUUGAUGUUGGCGGUUGGGGAGGGCGGUGUGGAUGGGGAUGGUAUGAAGCUGGCGGGGGAGGUGCAUAAGCAGAGGGAGAGGGCGGCCAAGGCGGAGCGGGAGAUUGAGGUUAUGAGGGUGGAGAGGAAUCGGGCGCUGGCGAGGGAGGAGUCAUUGCGUGAGGAGCUGAAUGAGUUGAGGAGGGAGUUGGCUGCGAUUCGGGGUAAUAGCAUGUGCAGCUGCGCAAGCCCGGUGAGGGAUGGACGGUGUGCAUUCCCGUGCCAUCGUAUACGAGAGCUGGUCAAACUAGACACUGCGUCAUUCCCCGCCGCAUACCUCGUACGGACACGGCAAUCUACAGAGCAAUGCGGAGCUAAGCGAGGCGAUUACCAUUACGGCCUCUUCUCAAUCAUCUCAUCUCCUCCCAUGCCUCUUUCCCCUUUCUUUGCCGGGAGAGCAAUGCUGACGCCUUCGGGUGCUGGUGCGCUCCCGGGCGGGGCCAGCACCUCGCCGUCGUCCGUCAGGGGCUCCGCGGCAGCUACCCGGCGCCAUCCCGGUCCCGGUCCCGGUCCCGGCCACCAGCAAGCGGCAUUCAACAAGAGGUUUGCUUUUGCGGCUCUCAGUUUGGCCACACGCGUGUCCGCCGACCCGAUACUGCCGUACACCCCGACCACCAUUCUGCUGCCCCCUGAGGGUAGCACCGGCAGUGGCACCGCUUACAUCUUCGCCCCGAGCGGAGACACCCGGAACGCAGUCGACUUCCUCGCCCUCAACGUCUCCAGCCUGCGCACGUCUGCCCUCGAGCCCACCAAACUCACACCCUCCCUCCCCUUCCUCUCCGCAGACCCGACCGACUGCACCACCUUCGCGCCGACCCUCCUCCGCAACGGUACAAUCGCCGUUCUGGCUGGCGACUGCGCCUCGACAUCCACCUCCACCCUUUGGACCUACACGCCGGGCCACACAGACACGCCAUGGACACAACACGCCAUCACGCCUUCCACCAGCUGGGACAACGCGCAGAGCGGGCCCUACCACCUCGGCGGCGUGCUCAACUUCUCCCCGCAACUUAGCCCCGUGCUCUCGGAACCCACCCUCUACCUCUACGGCGGCAUGUGCCCGUUCCCCAACGCCUCAACCUCCACCUGGCAGUCCAAAGCCACCUAUUCCAACCGCAUGCUCCGCCUCACCCCACCCCAACCCCCCACCACCCAGGUCAACAACAACAACAACAACAACAACAACAACAACAAUAACCCUCCAGCAUACACCCUCACCUACGCCAUGCCGCACGGCCAACUCCCGCCUGUCGCCGAAGCGGGCUUUUCCCUGACCGAGCUCGCCCCCUCCCUCUCCAACCGCAGCAGCAGCAGCAGCAACGGAGCCACCAACGUGGUCGUCCAGCAAACCAGCCACGUGCUCCUCGGCGGGCACACGCAGGGCGCCUUCGUCGGCAUGGCCGCCGCCGCGCUGUGGUCGCUGCCGGAGGAGACGUGGAGCUUUGUGCGCAUUGCGCCGCCCGCGGCGGCGGGGAAGCCGGAUUUGGCGCGGUUGAGGGGGGCAGAACGGGGGGUGGGGAGGCGGGGUGAGGAUGAUGGGGCCGAGGUGGAUGUUGGCGUGGAUAGUCGGUCGGGACACACGGCGGUCUUGAGUGAGGAUGGGACGAGGUUGGUGGUGUAUGGGGGGUGGGUUGGGGAUGUGAGCCAGGCGGCUGAGCCGCAGUUGGCGGUGGUGAGGAUUGGGGUCGGGUUGGGGGAUUGGCAGUGGGAGGUGCCUGAUCAGGGGCCUGGUGGGCGUGGGAGUGGGGUGUAUGGGCAUGGUGCGGUGGUGUUGCCGGGGAAUGUGAUGAUGGUGUAUGGGGGGUAUGAGAUUUCAGGGGGUGGAGUCAAGAGGCAGGCGGGCGGGGGGCAGGGAAUGUUUUACAAUAUCACGAGCGGGAGCUGGUCCGACGUCUAUGUUAGUCCCCUUACCGAGGGAGAUAGUGAUGGUAGUGGUGGUGAUGGGAAUGGGAGUGGCACCGUCGGCGGCGGGGGCAGUGGUGGGAGUGGUUCGUCCGGGCCGGGCGGGGAUGAUAGCAGCCCGGAUAACUCGUCACUAGCAAGGCAGAUUGGCCUCGGGGUUGGCCUUGGAGUUGGCCUGCUUGUCCUCGCCAUCGCGGCCUUCUUCGGGUUCCGUUGGUUCCGCCGGAGACAGAAGCGUCGGGCAGCACGCGAUGAGACUCUCCGCGGCCUAUCCCAGGGCGUCAACGGCUCGCUCCCCCGUGGCAUCGGCGACGACGAUGAAAUGCUUGAGCGGAAUCACAGCAUGGGCAUGUUCCCCUGGACGGCCGGUGCCGCGCGUGACUGGUACACGGGCGGAAACGACCCCUACUCACAGGGCCAACGCUCCCUGGGCUACGAGACCCUCCGCAGCGGGUCCAGACCUCACUCGCUGUACAUCCCGCCACCGCCGUCAGCAUCGACCUUCAGCCACCGGCUCAAGGGUGCCAAGGGCCUCCACCAGCCAGCUUCAUCUUACGACUCCACACCGCUGACGCGCUCCCCAAACCGCAUCGAGCCUAUCUACGAAGCGGACGAGGACGAAGAGGGCGACCUCGGGAAAGGCUACCCGCUGAGCCCAGACAAGGAAGAACGCGAUGACGGCGACGACGACCCCUUCCUCACCCCCACCGUCGACACCCCCGUGGGCGCGCGCUUCCCGGCCGCAACCGCAGCCAACGCCAACUCCCCAACCCCACCUCUCACUUCAACCCAACCCCCAACAGAAAAAGCAAGCGGUAACAGCGGCGGCCAGCACCAAGACCCCGACGUCCAAGGCUGGGUAUCCAACGUGGACGCAUCCACGCCAGCACCAAGCCACCACCACCACCACCCACUCACCAGGCGCCCGUCCCAAAACACAGCCCCCCCACCACCACCACCACUACCAGCGGCAGAAACAACGUCGACAACCGUUGCGGUAGCAACCGGGCGCGUAUCGCCCCUCCGCCGUGGCGCAUCAGCCAAGUCGGCCAAGUCGGCGGCAGGGCGGCACUCGCUGGUCUCGGCGCCGACGGACUCGUCGUCGUCGGUGGCGGCGACGGAUGACGGGCGGACCGAGAGCGGGCUGUCGGAGCGGAGCGCGUUUAGUUUUGUGCGUGGCGCUGUUGGUGGUGCUGGUGGAAGUGGAAGUGGUGCGGUUGGGGUUGGGGGGAGUGGUGCGGUGAGUGGUGCGGCUGGGGGCAGUGGGAACGGGACGGAGGAUAGAGCGCUCCUGUCGCGGCUGCAUACCACGCUGGCUACCACGGUGGCGGCGGCGACGGCGACGACGACGGCCGCUGGGGCUGGGGCUGGGGCUGGGGCUGGGGCUGGGGAGGGGCGGGCGGGCAGCAGCGGGGCGGCGAGCGCAAACUCGGGCAACAGCUACAACACGGCGCGGUCCAAUUUUGCGGCGCUGCAGGCCGAGGGGCCGGCGCUGCUUCUGGGCCGCCGCCGCCAGGACCGCGAGGAAGCCGCCGGCGCGGGCGAGGAUGAGGACUACGCCUACCUACCCAGCAGCCCCGGCAAGAGCAAGCCGCGUCGGAGCUGGUUUGGGAGUUUGAGGCGCGUGUUCAGCGGCGGCACGCCCGAGUCCUGGAGCAACGCCAGCGGUGAGAGCUUCCGCGGGGAGAGCCCGACGCGGGAGGGGCUACUUGCGUAUGAAGGGGGCAGUCCGGACUAUGACGGCCGUUCAUACGGGGUCGGGCUACAGAAACGGCGGCAGGGGAGGGAGGCGUGGCUGGGCGGGGACGGGAAUGGGGAUGAGGAGGAGUGGGAUAGGGAUCUGGAGAGGGCGGCCGAGCAGCGGACGGUGCAGAUUAUGUUCACUGUGCCGAGGGAGCAGCUGCGGGUGGUGAAUGCCGAGGUGGAGAGGGAGGAGAGCGUGCUGAUCGUUGAUCCAGAUGACGAGGAGUAUGUCACGGACGAGAAAGCAUCAACGGCGCCGGUGGAGGCGGAGGCGUCUUCGCGGCCAGAACCUGCUUUGCUCUCACCCCCUCGGUUGGUGCCGCCAGGCGAAGACGACUACAGUGCCGCCGACAGACGAUCCACCGCUACUCUUGAGCCACCGCGCGGCGGUUCCCCGUCCUCGUCAAUGCGGGCAGCCUCCAUCACAAGCACGACGCUCCAUAUCGCCGAAGCGGUGCGCUUAGAACGGCCGAGGACACGCGUGUUGGCGAUGGUAGAGACCUUCGAGACACGGAGCCGAGAGGGGAGCCCGAGUGGAAGCCCCGGCGGUAGUCCCGGCGGGAGUCUGAGAAAGGGUUCAUGA